CGAACAAAAACUCGAAUGAGCCCACUUUUGAAUGAUCGUCACAUACGUAAAUUAAUACAAACGAUAGUCAAAACGAUUGAAAUAGACUUUGAUAUAAAAGCGGUGUGCACUACGUGCAACAAUUCAGUUUUAGAUCGGUCGAAGGAAGUGUCUUUAAGCCAAACACUUACGGAAAUUGACUCGGUGAUUGGAGAAAAACAAAAAUCAAUAAAAGUUUUCAACGCUGAUGAAACGACUCUACCAUUAAGUGAUCUUAAAAUUGAUGCAUCUAAUUUUGAGGUGUAUUGUCGAGGCGAUUUAUUGCACACCGUGCAAAUGGCCAAGCUGUACAAUGAUUCAAAAACGUUUGUCGAUAUGAAAAUGAAGGAAUCGCCGCAGACAACAUUGGAUUCAUUCAGGGAUUUUAUGGCAAAAUAUGACAAUCAACCAUCAAAAGAGGAUAUUCGACAAUUUGUUAACGAUUAUUUCGAGAAACCUGGCGCUGAAUUCGUUCAGUGGGUGCCACAAGACUGGAAAGAAAGUCCAGCUUUCUUGGACAAAAUCAAAGAUCCUGACUAUCGACAAUGGGCAUCUGAUUUGCAUGCAUUUUGGAAACAAUUAGGACGUCAAAUGACUGACGAUGUUGCGAAAAAUCCCGAUCACUAUUCAAUAAUCCAUGUGAAAAAUCCGGUAAUCGUUCCGGGUGGACGUUUUCGUGAAUUUUAUUAUUGGGACUCGUACUGGAUAAUCCAAGGAUUGCUUCAAUCGGAAAUGUAUUCAACCGCAAAAGGAAUGCUUGAAAAUUUCUUAUCGAUCAUAAAUCGUUUCGGUUUCAUACCGAAUGGUGGCCGAAUCUAUUAUUCGGAACGCUCACAACCACCACUUUUGGCCGGCAUGAUCAAGGCCUAUGUUGAAAAAACAAAAGAUAUUGAUUUUAUGAAAAUGGCUGUACCAAUAUUAGAACGUGAAUUUUAUUUCUUCUAUAACAAUCACAUGGUUGAAGUGAAAGGCUAUGCGCUCGCUGUAUAUGGUGAUAAAUCGACGGGUCCGCGUCCUGAAUCCUAUCUCGAAGAUAUUUUAACCGCUCAAUAUUUGGAAACGGAAAAAGAAAAAGAGGCAAUGUGGUCGGAAUUGAAGGCAGGCGCCGAAAGUGGUAUGGACUUUUCCAGUCGUUGGUUCAUUAAAAAUGGUACAAAUGAAGGUGAAUUAAAGGAUCUUAAAUGUCGAUCAAUUGUCCCCGUUGAAUUGAAUGCAAUCCUUUUUUGGAAUGCUCGCAUUAUUUCCGAUUUUCAUUUGAUGGCACAAAAUCCAAAAAAAUCGGCCGAAUUCGAACAACUCGCUCAAGAAAUGUACGAUGCUAUUCAAGGUGUUUUAUGGAACGAAGAGGCUGGUGCAUGGUUCGAUUAUGAUUUAAUUAAUCAAAAACCGCGUCCAUACUUUGUGCCAACCAAUUUGUCACCAUUGUGGACUGGUGCCUUUAAUACAGCCGAAAAGGAGCUGUUAUCAAAAAAAGUGCUCAAAUAUAUCAAUGAAACUGGCAUCGAUCUAUUUCCGGGCGGUGUGCCAAAUACAUUGAUUCAAUCGGGUGAACAAUGGGACUAUCCAAACGUUUGGCCACCCAUGCAAUACCUAUUAGUCGAAGGAUUACGUGCCCUCGAAACACAGGAAGCCUGUAAAAAAUCAUUUGAAUGGGCAUCACGAUGGGUUCGCUCAAAUUUCAUUGCGUACAAAUCAACACGGGCUAUGUUCGAAAAGUAUUCGGCGGAAGAGUCCGGUGGAUAUGGUGGCGGUGGCGAGUACGAAAUUCAAUUAGGUUUCGGAUGGUCGAAUGGUGUAAUCUUGCAAUUGCUAUCUGAAUAUGGCCAAGAUAUGAAAUCAACAGAAGAAAAAAAUCCUCCGACCAGCACUGUUAGUAGUGGAUUCAAAUUGAAUCGAUGGACAGUUGGUGUGACAACAGCUGUAGCUGUAGCGGCCACAAUUGCAACGCAUGUUUUUGGGUGAGGUUGCUUGAUUCCUAACCGAAAAUAUGUGGAAACUCAUUCAUCGACCAACAAAUACAUACACAUACACCCAAAAGUGGAAACAUGGCAUAUACUCCAUCAACCAAUUAGACUAUCAUAAAAAUAAAGAUGCGCAUUUCAACAAACUUAAUGAAGAAAGAGAAAAAAACUGUCCCAGUGCCGAAUUUAUUUUCAUUUUCCUCUUUCCCGCAUGAUAAACAAAUAAUGCCACGUGUAUUUUAGUAACUAAAUUUCACAUUAGCUAUUAGUUUAUUUAUUUAUAUUAAUGUGAAUGGAAGAGAGACGAUUUCAUUGUGACCAUUUGAAUGCUAACUAUAAUUAAUAUUAAUGGAUAAAUGAAUUUGUGUUGACAAAGAGAGUGUAAUGAUUUUAUUUUUGUUUUAAAUUGUGCUUUUGCUCACGCGCACGCCUUUUGUCUUUUGCAACGAAAAUGAGAGAAAAUAUUAAUUUAUGUGACUAAAAAUUGUCAUCAAAUAUGAUCAUUGUGUAGGAUGAGAAAUAGUUAAGAUGAAGAAGAGAAACAGCAUUUUAUACCUAAGUGAACAAGUGAAUCAUGGGGUUUGAUUUUGAAAUUUCACAUAAAUUGUAUUGAUUUAUAAAUAUGCCGAUGGAGUAGCUCUAUAAGGUUUCAGUUCUCUUUUUUUUUGGUUUUAUGCUGUUUCGUGAUUAAAUAUGAUGCCUAUUGUAAAACUGAAUCGUGCUUAGCUCCAAAUCCAAUUCAGUUUUAGAAUUAGAAUAUUUAUGAAAUGCACCACGCUGGACAUGGUUUUUAGACUUACAAUAUAGACGCUUGAAUCAUCUCAAAAGUAUUUGCCCGCUCACACCGUUGAACAAAUUAAAAUUAAAUCUCACUCAAAUGUCUUCCAUCGUUCGUUUUUGUGUGCAAAGUGUAUGUGAGUGUGUGAAGGUGGUAAAAACUGAGAUCGAUUCUAUCCAUUUCCAAAGUAUACAGGAACUAUUUAUUUGUGAAUAUCGUGCUAAUUGUAACCACAUUUUUGUAUGCAAAGAAUUUUAAAGAAAGCCGAUGACUCAAUGUUGUACAUAUAUAUUUAUAUAGAUUUUAAUCGGAUUGGAAAUGGAGACAAAGACUUAUUCAUAUUGUUUAUAAAACGUUUGAGCGAAAGGCGGGUGAUAGACAUAAAAUUAGGAGUUUUUAACGUUUAAAUGACAUUUUUCUUCAUCAUUUUCUUUGUGUUAGAAUUGAAAAUGUGAAAUUUUAAAAUCAGAUCUCGAGAUAAAUGAUUCAUUACUUGCAAGCACACAAUUGAAAUAAAUGCAAGGCGCAUUUUUAUGAGAACCAUACAUUUUUAGUUUUCGAAUAAAUGCGUGGCCAAAUGAAUGUGAUUGAAUGAACGAAUGAUAAAUUGAGCGAAAAUUCAAAUUGAAGCACCCAAUGUGCCUUGUGACAUGAGAGAGACAUUAGAUAAGAGACUGGGAUUCAUUGUUCCGCAAUAAAUUCAAGGAACGAUCAUUUUUCUUUGUUUGAGUUCCUACAAUUUUUUUCCAAGCGAAUGGAUUAUCAAUUCCAAUGGUUCAUAUAUUUGAAGAAUAUCGCGUAUUGAGUUCGCUUUGGCCAAGAUUUCUUUUUUAUUUGGCUAAUUUCAACAUCAAUUACUCAUACGUUCAACGAGAAAUUGAGGCACACGCCAAAGAGUUGAAAAAAAAAAUCCCAUAGAUCGUUUGAAAAUAUUCAUAACUUUUUCCUCAAAAAAGAAACACCAAUGGUGCCGUUUGUCUAUAAGUACAAAAAGAAACGAAAUAAAUGCACGAAAAAUAUGUGAGUGCGAAUCAAAUAAUAAAUUGACGUGAUCAUCAAAGUUAAACAAAAAGUUAGUAAAGAAAAAACUGGAAAAUCCGACACAAAACGUGACAAUUUUUAGUCGUAUUUUCUUUCAAUUUUUUGUUUUGCCAAUUGCAAACACAUUUUUUCAAAGAAAUUCAUUAAUAUAGUUGUGCAUUCAAAUCAAAUGGAAGAUUUCAUUUUGGUAGUUGGAGAGAAAAGGGAUUUGUUUUAAAUAAAAAAAGCAAUGAAUUCAUAAUAAAUUAAAGAAAUAAGAUCGUGUAGACACGAGAAAAUUGUCAACAUUUCCUUUGAUCGCUCAGUUGAUAGAAAAAGUAAAAUAAUUUGAACAAAUAAGCUCACGAUUAGACAUAGAAUAUGUUCUACAAUUAGUUCAGAGAAAAGGUUGAGAAAUAGAGAAAGAAAUUGAAGAAAAUCAAGUGAAAAAUCAACACUUCAAUUUAGACAUGUAUUUUUUUCUUCAGACAAUUUAUUAAGGCAUAUGAUGUAUGACAUAUAAUAUAUUUGACAUAUAUUUAGAAAUACAAACCUAUUGUACAAUUUGAAUUCGACACAUUUUUAGAGUUUGUCGAUAUACAGGGUGGGCCAGAAUAACUGCAAUUUUUUUUCGCACCUAUGUAGAUACUACUAUAAUAACUUUCCAGUCACUCUUUUGUUUACCGUUAUGUUUAUUCAUGUUUUGGUUAUCCACUGUGAUGAUGCACAUUAUUGCGCAGUUCUUGUUUACUUUGCUACAAUAAUGGAUGUGAAACGUCAACUCGUUUUGAAUUUGCAUAAAAAAGGUUUGCGACAAAUUGAUAUUUUUCGGAAGCUUCAGAUCGACAAUAUCAGUUUGAAUUUUAUUCAUCGCACCAUAAAACGAUACAAGGAGCGUGGAACUGUCGAUGUGAAGCGAAAAACGGGCAGAAAAAGAUCUGUACGAACAAAAGGUCUGGUCCAAAAGGUACGAAAGAAAAUUCUUCGAAAUAACAAAAGAAGCGCCAGAAUAUUAGCUCGUGAGCACAAUAUCAGUCGAUCUUCAAUGCGACGAGUGUUGAGAGAAGAUUUGGGAAUGAAACCAUUCAAAAAAAACCGAAAACAUGGUUUGACAAAAAAAAAAUAAGCAAGAUAGAAAGCGAAAAUGCAAAGAGCUGCUAAGCCGGGCCGCAACCUCAAACAUCGUUUUCUCCGACGAGAAGUUGUUCCUUUUGCAGCCAAGUCUCAAUGCGCAAAAUGAUCGUGUAUACGCAGCGACAAUUGAGGACAUUCCUGAAGAUGAUUUAGUCGUUGAACGAUAUCAAAAUGUGUCAAGUGUCAUGGUUUGGGGCGCCGUUUCGGCCGACCACAAAUUUCCCCUUGUUUUCGUUGAAAGUGGCGUUAAAAUCAAUGCAGCUGUGUAUGAAGAAGAAAUAUUGCGCAAAAAAUUGUUGCCACACGCCAAAAAAGUGUUUGGUAAUGAACCAUGGGUGUUUCAACAAGAUGGGGCACCGUCACAUCGAGCAAACAGAGUGCAACAGUGGUUAAAGGAAAAUGUGCCUGAUUUUAUUGAUAAAGACGAAUGGCCGCCAUCGUCUCCAGACUUGAAUCCAUUGGAUUAUUUUGUGUGGGGCUACAUGCAAUCAAAGUUAAAUGAUCUGAAGAUUACGAAAACCACAAAAUUGGAUGCAUUUAAAAAGAAAAUCGGAACGAUAUUCCCAUCGAAAUGGUGCGGUCCGCGUGUAAAUCGUUUUUACGACGUUUGCGUUUGGUGAUCCGUGCAAACGGAGGAAGAAUCAAAACCAAAACAUGAAUUUAAAAUUUUGGACCCUAUUCUAAAUCCCAAUAAAGUUUUCAUUCAAUUUUAGUAAAAAACAAUACUUUUUCUGAGCACAUAUAAAAAUUGCAGUUAUUCUGGCCCACCCUGUAUAGUUAUUUUUAUAUACUUACGCAUACAUAUAUUAUAAUCCCAAACUAGUAGAAAAGAAAUUGAUACAAAUAAAUUAUAGUAACUAAAAACAA